AUGUAGCGAAUAGUUAGUAGCAAAAGUUUAGGACUUAUACACAUGUAGUGAUACCAAAAGUUACUAGGACUUAUACAAACGUUGAUGGUUACUAAAACAUUUAAACUUAUAGUUCAUCAUCAAUCAUCAAGACCAUCAUCAAAGCCAUCAGAACUUCCAUCAACAUCAAUUGGAUAUUCAGCUUCGGCUCGCUGCGCCUGAGCGCCUAGGCGCGCACCUUUUGCGCCUAAGCACCGUUUUUACAAAAAAAAAGCCCAUUUUUGCGCCUAAGCUACCACCAGGCGCUAUAGGCGCGCCUCGCUGCGCCCGAGCGCCUAGGCGCACGCCUUUUGCGCUUUUGACAACUAUGGUUUGGCAUAAUCUUGUAGGUUGAUCUUAAGCCAAGCCUAAUUAUGGUUGUUUAUUGUGAACGGUGAGUUUACAUUAAGGUUGAGCAUUUUGUGGUUUUCGUUAUACAAUCCAUAAUUUGUAACUUGUGGGCUGAAAUAUUGUCCUUUGUCCGAAGAUAGAGGGGGCAAAUCUGACCCAAAAACUAUUAUAUGGGUCAGUUUAACCAUUUAAAAACUACAAUGGGUUGUUUUGGGUCGAAUAAAUUAGGCAAGGGGGCUCACUUAAAAAGUAGAAGCUCUUAUCCAUGGGUCAACUUGGGUCUAUUAAAUUAGAAUUACGGGUCAAUACGGGUCAUUAGUUUGAAAUAGAAAACCACGGGUGAAGUAAGAACUGGAAGUCAUGAACGUCUGAACGACUGAACAUCAUCACUUCAUCAGCGACACCCCAAUCUCCGCCAUCUCCUCCGCUACAAACCCCCCACCGUCUCCGCCGUCUCUGUUAUCUCCUCCGCCACAAACCCCCCACCCUCCGCCGUCUGAACGACUGAACAUCAUCACUUCAUCAGCGACGGCAUCUUCGAUUAAUCAUCCUUUUCCGGUGAAGGUGGAUCAACCAUUCAUGUAGUUUUAUUACUGGAUUUCUGUCGUCAUUUGUCAACAGAAGCUGAUCCUGAGAAUUGAACUUUGACUACUUGUUCUAAUUCCUUUGGGUGACAAAAAACACAAUUCUUCUGUUUGUAUUGUGCACACCAACUGUUCGACGUUUUGCUCCAAAGAGCUUCUUAACCAAUUAUGAGAAUUUUAUCACAACCAUCGCUUCUACUACGACGCUUAACAUCUCCCGUACAUAAUGGACUUUGUGACAACAACUCGUUCGGGAAAUCAACCUUUAUGUUGUUUCAAAUCAUGCACAAAACCAGUGGAGGAACACGACCUAAAAAGAAAAUCUACCACAGAGUACACGAACUCGACAAAGCAAUGGACCUCCAAAAGAAACCCACCGCGAUCCUGAAGCUGAAAUCAAUCAUCCAAUCACAAAAGAGUCAAUCUUUACUCCUCAGAGACCUUGAAAAAGAAGUUGGCAUCAUCCAAAAAUGGAAUUUUAUAUCCGUUAUCGAAAAAUACCCAUCGAUUUUCCAUGUGAGCGGUGGUCAUAAAACGCCACCUGCGGUCACACUUACCACAAAAGCUAAAAGGAUUGCCGAUGAAGAAGCUCUAGCCAAUGAACUAAUGGAACCGAUUUUGGUUAAAAAUCUAAGGAAACUGUUGAUGUUGUCGGUUGAUUGCCGGCUGCCACUUGAAACCAUCGAUUUCAUUCAGCCGGAAUUGGGUUUGCCUGACAAUUUCGAGAAAUUGUUAAUCCCGAAGUUUCCCGGAUUUUUUUCGGUGAAAGAUGUACGCGGGAGACCCCAUCUUGAACUGGAAAAUUGGGAUUCUUCACUUGCGGUAACAGCCCGCGAGGAAACAUAUAUGAAUUCAAGAAUGUUGGACACUUCUGGGCCCGCAAAACGGGCCCGUAUUUCAAAAGAUGGAAACUUUCCAGGCCCGUUUGCGUUUCGGUUGAAAUUCCCAGUUGGGUUUAGACCGAACAUGAGUUAUCUUCAUGAACUUGAGAAAUGGCAGAAAAUGGAUUUUCCGUCGCCUUAUUUGAAUGCGAGAAGAUUUGAAGUGUCGGAUCCGAAAGCUAGAAAGAGGGCGGUUGCAGUGCUUCAUGAGCUUCUUAGUUUGACUAUGGAGAAACGGUUGACUUCUGGUCAACUCGAUGCGUUUCAUUCGGAACUGAGAUUACCGGCCCGCUUGUUGCUUUGCUUAAUUAAGCACCAUGGUAUGUUUUACAUUACGAAUAAGGGGGCGAAAAGUACUGUAUUUCUUAAAGAAGCUUAUGAUGGGUCAAGAUUAGUUGAUAAAUGUCCGAUUUUGAUUUUUAGGGAUAAGUUUGUAGCACUCACUGGUAGAAGAGAUCUUGAACCAACUUCAUGUACUACAUGACCAUGACCAUGAGAUUGAAAAAAAUGAUUAUAGAGGAUUUUUCUUUUUUUAAAUAUUUAUUUUUGAAUCA